GGUGCCGACGAUUCGUGGCAGCCAGAGGCGGUCCAACAACUGUGAAUCGCUAAUAAUGGCUGCCCUUCUCGUGUUGGUGCCGUUACUGUGUGUCGCCGCUGUGGUGGGGGAACCCAGUUGUUCGCUGCCACCCCCCUCCGAAGAGCAGUUCCCAUUUACCAUGGAGACGAAGAACUGGCACGUGCUGUUCCAGUAUGAGGCGCCAGACUACCAGAGGUUCGGAUGCUUCGCUCUCACGCAGACGUCCGGCGAGAAUCCGUACCAACUCAACAUCAACGGCAGUUUCAGCAGGCAACCUGAUUUCCCUGUGUCAGGUACUGCAGUAUUCAAAGGAAACCGAAUGAUAAAAGUAUAUGACGGUAAAUGGGACAAGGAGUUUACUGGGGACUACAAUGUGGUGUACGUAGACAAGGAUAUAUUCAUUGAUCACUUCUGCUAUUUGGGAAAUGAAAUGGCCCAGAUCUUCACAACUGACAAGGAACCCAGCGCUGAGGUGCUCCAACGAAUCUGGAAGGUCGUUGACGAACAUCCUGAAGUGGAAAAAUCCAAAUUCAAGGAAGCAAUCUGCUAAGCUUUACUUGUUGACAAAUGAAAGUUCGAGUAAGCUGUUUCUAAGAUUUCUAACCUGUGUUUCCUUCCAAUGAGCUUCCUUCUAUUGAAUGAUAACUGAACACGUACAGGACCCAGCUAAACCCAAUGUUUACACAUAUGUUACACAGAUUAUUUUAGAGAUUAAUAAUAAUAUUGAAAGUUUCAUUAGUUGACACCAGCAAAUAAAAUAAAUAAAUAAAAACUGAAUAAAUCGCUUAUGCAAGGAA